AUGAUGUCAACCGCUUUCAUCGCGGCCCUUGUAUUUUGGGAAGUGCAAGGGGCCGUUGCGCUCCAAGCGAGCACAACAACGACAACAGACAUUCCUCGCUGGUGUGGCAAGCCCUAUGAGAGCGGAUCCCCAAAUAUCAACCCCGGCGGACAAUUUACAUUCCCCAGCCCAUCAGCAAAUCCGCUGUUGUAUGUCCAAGUUUCGCCGCGCCACAGCAUCUACGUCUCCUCCGAGCAAACUGCGACAUUCAUAGUCGACGCCGCUCUAUCGCACUACCAUGGCGACGCCUACUACAACUCCACGCAAGUUCUGGGCUCAUCCACGACCCAGCCUUUUUCGGAUUUUUAUUUUGAUAUCCGCGUAGAGUCCACGGAUCAGGUCCUCGUGACCAACAAUGUAACCAUAAACUCGACCGACAAUCUAUUUGAAUUUGAGAUUGGCCGUCUACUCAGGCCACAGUUCGAUGCAUACGAUAUUGUGCUAUACGGCGCUUCUGAAGACGGAAACCAGACCUUCACCGCAACAACAAAACUCUUCUAUCUUCCCGACAAACCAACUGGUAGCGUCACCAAAAUCGACAAUCUGAACGGUAACCUUUUGUACAAAAGCAAUGCGACCAACAACAAAUUCGUCCCAUUUUUCGCAUUCGGAUUCUACACUUCCUACGGUGGGUAUCUAGAAACGAGUCUUGAAAAUGUGCAAGCAUAUUAUGACCUCGGAUACAGCGCGAUUCACCCAAUUCCCACAUUCUCGGAUAAUUUGACUACUAUACUGGAUUAUAUGGAUGAGUUGAAUCUCAUGUUUCAGUAUGAUAUGCGAGGGACAUACACCAAUCUCUCCUCGGUGGCGGGGCAGGUACAUGCAGUCAAGGAUCACAGUUCGCUCUUGGCUUGGUACACGGCCGAUGAACCGGACGGCAAUCAAGAUGCGCUGAAUGCUACGACUCUCGCAUACGAGACUAUUACCCAGAUCGACAAGUAUCAUCCCAUUGGGUUGGUGCUCAAUUGUCAGAAUUACUAUUUUGAGGAGUACUCGGCUGGAGCGGAUUAUUUGAUGGAGGAUGCGUAUCCGAUUGGAAUUAAUGCGACGUGGUCGAAAUGGGGCACGCCGUGUAACACGACAUAUGGGGAUUGUGGGUGCGAUAAUUGCGUGGGCGAGUUGCAGGAUGUAUCGAAUCGGAUUGAUGAUAUUGCGGAAUAUCAAGAGUAUCUGGGACAAUGGCAGAAACCGAUUUGGGCGGUGCCUCAGUCCUUUGAUGGUGAAGGGUAUUGGAGUCGGAAUCCAACGGUCGAUGAGACAUGGGUAAUGAAUCAACUUGCACUGAACCAUGGUGCAAAAUCUAUCAUGCUGUGGACAUUUCCAACGCUAGACGAUUUGGCAACUGCCAAUUCGCAGCAGUCGAAAGUUCUGACAAAGUCGCCUGUGCUUGAGUUCAUCACUGGGGGUCGACCAACACCUAUCUCAGUCGCUGGAUACGAGUUGCUCGACGUAUCAUAUUGGAUUGCAGGACAACAAGCGCUGAUCAGUGUUGUGAAUCUGGACUAUGCUGAUAUCUCCUCUGCGAUUGAGAUUGCAUUACCGUUCACUACUUCCUCGAUCGUUUCGAGUCCAUGGGGUAACGCAUCCUGGGAGUUGUCUAGCAACACGCUGAAUGCACAGAGUUUGAAUGCUCUUGUGACAAGUCUUUUGAUAAUCCGUUCGUUCUCUUACCAUACGGAGAUCAUCGUAGCUGAGGACGUAGAUGAAUAUAAUCCAUAA